GGAGAUUCGGAUCAGAGCUAAGGAAGAAGUUGUUCGCACUCAGGGCAGUGAGGCACAGACUGCACACAGAGCUGGUGCUGCCCCCCAUCCCUGCAGACAGCCAAGGUCGAGGAACUGAGCGCUGAUGGAGCUGUGGGUGUCCCUGCUCGGUGUGAACAGAUGGCCUUCAGGGUCCCUUCCCACUCAAACCAUCCUAUGAUUGUAUUAGCUGGCCAGCGAGGCACAGUGAGAAUGGAGAGAUGGAUGCGCUGUCCUGUAAGGGAAUCAUAAAAGGGCUAGGACCUAAAGUGAAGAGUUUUCCCCAAGAGUUUACCAGUGCAGAGCCAAGAGUCCUACACGCCCAUUGAAUCACACGAAGGGUUUGUCUGACCAGACUGAUUCCGUCCCCCUUCCAAUACCUAUGGCCCCAGGACUGGUCGAAGUCCAUAGUGACAGCAGCAGGAUAAAGGCAGCACUGCUGGGCUUUACUCUGCUCUGCUUUCUUAGGAGCAGGUUAUGAGUCCCUGGCUGACCCUCAUGAGGUUCCCAGCCUGUGUGAGAGGCUUGUAAGGCUGCUGUGCAUUUGCACUGUGUGUGCCAACAGCUCUACAGUGUGUAUCAUGUGGUUCCUACGCGGGAUCCUGCUGUGGUUACGGUUUGCAUCAGCCUCUGUGCAUCUCUUCUCGUGCUGUGCUGUGGCUCUCAGGAUUUUGGAGGCCUUGCACCACAGUUUUUUUUGCUGAGUUGUCAGGUUUGGAUUCUCUGGAGCGCAUGCACACUUCCCAACAGCUUUGUAAACAGAGAACAAGGCCUUUGCAAUGGCCAUGGGGGUUACUGGUGCUGCAGAUGAGGUCCGAAUGAUCUGAUACACCUUCUUGCUGUAAAGUUUUAGAUAAAUCAAAUUUCAGUUUGCAAUCUACAAUCCCAGAGUACAUCUUGGUUGUAAUCUUACUGUGCUGGGGAUAAAUGAGGCCAUGGAGUAUUUUUGGACUACAAAUAAAUGGAAUCCAGUGGAGAAUGAAUGCAGAACUUUGUGAGCUGCCAAGUUUUUGGGUCACCAGGUUCCACUGUGCUGUUCUUUACGAAAUAACAUUGAACUCCUUAUAGGGUAUGCUUGCUUCAGCAGCACCACCACCUCCUUCAAAAAACAAGGCAAAUCCGCGUAAUCUUGUCAUGCUUGUGUUCUCCCCAUGUCAGGCCAUUUAUUCUGUAGUUUCUCAGCUGACCUGUGUGAUUUUGUAGGUGCUGAAGAUGGCAGGUAGCUCGGCUCCUUGGAUAGGCAGUGCUUACCUCUUCCUUCAGUCAACAUGCAAGACUAUCAUUCUGCCAAAUCUCUAUGAAAGCGCCCAGAAGAAGCCCUGCGUGUUCAAGGCACUGAAGCUGGCAUUAGCAGACUCCACCGGCAGCGUGAAUGGUGUGGACAUGCUCAAAGUGCACUGCAGCCACCCACACCUGAUAGUCCAGCUCAAAUUCUGCAAGCAGGAGAACUGCCGCCGCUUCCUGCAGAGUUACCGGGAAGGAUUGCUCCAGAAGUCCCUCCAGAACCACCUCCAGCUCUCCUUGGCCAUGACCACGGUGCCUCUAGAAAUGGAGCUGAAGGCUGGCAAUGAGCACCUGGACAACAUGCUGAAGGAUGAGGAUCGCUGCCUGGAGUGCAUAUACAGAGAAAAGCCUGACCGCCUGCGGGACGAGGAGAUCACAGAGCUGGAGGAACGGCUCAAGAGCCUGAUUCUUCACCAGAACAUCAACAACAACAUGCCUUCCAAGGACUGCAUGUCACUGAACUCCCCUUCUCUAACUUCUCAAGGCAGCUCCCUUUCCCCACAAGUCACAUUUCUUUUUCAGGGACAGCAGUUUGACAACAGAACGCUCACACCAGAUGACCACCAGAAAUUUGCCAAGCUUGUGUCCAAGAAGUGGAAGCAAGUGGGUCGCUCCUUGCAGAAGAACUGCCGGGCCCUGCGAGAUCCUGUCAUUGAUAACCUGGCCCACGAAUACGACAGAGACGGACUUUAUGAACAAGCCUAUCAGAUGCUUCUUCGAUUUAUCCAGUCGGAGGGGAAGAAGGCAACAAUAGCACGACUGAUUGCAGCCCUGGAAGAAAAUGGUCUCACAAGCUUGUCUGAGGAGCUCUUGGGCCUCCAUUCCAAUGAGGAUGACUCCUAGAGCCCAAAGGGUGGUGGCAUUGCUGAGGGCUUUCUUGCUUUAGUUAGUGUAUGAGACUGCUGCCAGCGUCUGGGAAUGUAAUGCCUUGAAAAUCACUGCAGGUUUAUGUGCUGAAGGGAGUGCCCUGGGCAGUUUCUGUGCUCCCAGAAGCCAACAUGGGGCUCUGAUGUUCCUUAUUUCUUUCUGUUUCCAGAAGUCGAUGUUACUUUCCUGUGAACCACUAAGACAGGCUGACUUCCUUCAGGACUGAAAUGUCACAGAGAAGCAGCCAGGCAAGUUAAUGAGCCCUGGGGAAGGUGGGAAGAGGUGAAAAGCAAGGAAGGCAUCUCAGAGAAUUCCCCUGGGAAGCAAAGCCAGUGUUUCUCAGAUGUGGCUCAGGGGCCAUCACCUGGAGAACUGCAAUAUAUUGUCUCAUAUUGACAUGUAUGCCUUCAGGCUUGAAACUAUGUAAAGACAACGGAAAAGUCAAGUUUAUAAUGUUUUCUUUGUUCUUCAAAUGAGGACCAUCUGCAGCAAGUACACCUGUCCUGCUCUACCCCGGUGUAGUUCCUUCCCACAUCUUACCACGUGCCACUGCCUUUACCAAAGGCAGUCAUCAUGUUCCACAGGGCACAAGAUUGCUGCUGUAGAAGACUUCAGGCACUGAACAAACAGUGUGGAUAAGUGCAAAUUCAGAGCUCUUUCAGGACUAUGGUGUACUGUAUGUAUGUAUGGUGACUGUAUGUAUUGACUGCCUCACGUCUAGCACUUCUCCCAGCCUGGAGGAGUUUGUGAAAGGAAAAACACAGUGCUGCAAGAAUAAUAUACAGCCUUAGAGUCAGCAAAUUGCCUAGAGGUCACUGAUUGAACCUGCUGCUGUAUGGUGCAUUACAGCAUCAAAUACCAGCCAGACCCCACCGAGCAAGCCUCUCCAACCAGCUGGCUGCCAGUGCCUUCGCUCAACCUGUCCUUGGCCUGCUGAGUUCACCAGGGAUGUGUCAGGAUCUGCACAGAGCCUUUCCAAUGACAGCAGUGUUGUUGCUGUGUGACACUUGGGCAUCAGAUCCCAUGCCUGGACCUACCUGCCUUGCUUUUGAGGGCAAAAUAUUGCUUACAAGAGAAAGUACCCAAAACUCAGGGCUGAUUUCUGCUUUCAGUUCCAGUGGGACGGGCCUGCUGUCUCUUGGUGUGUUGAUGCAGGCUGCGACAGAGCAGGGCUUAUACCUUUACCUAUACCAAAGCACAGAGCAACAAGUUUCUAGCACAACACAGGUCCCAUGAAGCACAACAACCAGUUUUGACAUAUUCCUUAUUUUUUACUGAUACUUUUUUACUUAGGUGUUAAUUCUCUUCCUCUUUGACCUUCCCAUCCAUGGGCAGGAACAGCUGGUGGUCUUGGAAGUUAAAUCAGACGGAGAAGAAUGUUUUCCGUGUCCUGUCCUCUCCCUUCCAGCAGUACCAGCGCUCUCCCCAAAAGAAAAUGAGUAUCUCUGCCACGUUUCCUUUUGGGACCAGCACAGUGAUGCUGGUCUUCGUUGGUUUGGGCUGCAGUGGGACUGUACUUGGGAGCAUUUAGCUUUCCCUGGCUGGGGAACUCUGGCAGCAGCCCACCUGGCCAAUGGUUCUAAAAAAAAAAUCAGAAACUUGAAAGUUGCUGUAAGAGCAACAGUGUUUGCUCUUUAUUUUGCAGCAAAUGGCUUUUCAGAAAACACGACCUAUGCAUGGUGUGCUGCCUCAUUGGUAGUGAAUAUUUCUAAGUUCUCAGCCUACCGGUAUUCAUUGCUCAGUGUUCAUACCAUUAUAAGGCAGUGGCUCAUUGGUGUAUAAAAGCUUUUAUAUCAUCUCUUAGCACUCAAAAUGAGAAAAGCUCAUUCUUUGGCAUCGACUUUAAGUACAAAAACUCUCUUUGCUGUUAUUAUGGAGCAUUGAGCAUGAAUGCUUUUUUCUUUUUUUUUUUUUUUAUAAUGCAAACCUUGUGCAUUUUAUUCCUCUGCUAGCAAUUGGCCUGUGUGUCUCCUCUUACUCACAGAUUCCCUCCCUAAUGUGCCAUUAAGUGCUGGAGCUCCUGGCUCCUUCUUUUCAGAAAUCAGGUACCAGUAGUUGUAUAUUAUGUGCAAUGCACAUUUGAUUAUUGUCUCAAGCAGACUCCUGCCUGCUAAAAGAGUUGUUUUUUUCUGUGUCAUUUGGCACAAACACAGAUAGAGGCAAUUUUCACAGAUGCCUUGUGAUGAAAUAGACGAAUUAUAGGAUGUGAGAA